CUCGAGCCGUCGAGGAGACGCCUGGGGACGUUUGCCCCAGCCCCCAGCCUUCCCCGACGCCUGGGCGCUGCCACGUGCGGGACGCCAUGGGCCUGCCGCCGCUGGGCCUGCUGCUCUCGCUGUGCUGCGUCUCGGGCCUGCCCUUCUACAACGGCUUCUACUACUCCAAUAGUCCCCACGGCUGGAACCCGGGCAAGGGCCACGGCGAAGGCAUCUUCAAUGGAGUGAAGCUGGUGGUAGAGACGCCUGAGGAGAUCCUGUUCUCCUACCGUGGGGCCAACGUGACCCUGCCCUGCCGCUACCACUACGAGCCGGCCCUGGUCUCUCCUCGGCCCGUACGCAUCAAAUGGUGGAAACUGUCGGAGAAUGGGGCCCCGGAGCAGGACGUGCUAGUGGCUAUUGGGCUGAGGCACCGUGCCUUCGGAGACUACCGAGGCCGGGUGCAUCUGUGGCAGGAGAGGGAGCGUGAAGUGUCACUGGAGAUCCGGGACCUGAGGCUGGAGGACUAUGGGCGCUACCGCUGCGAGGUCAUUGAUGGGCUGGAGGAUGAAAGUGGCCUGGUGGAGCUGGAGCUGCGGGGUGUGGUCUUCCCUUACCAGCACCCCCAAGGGCGCUACCAGUUCAACUUCCACGAGGCCCAGUGGGCCUGCGAGGAACAGGACGCGGUGGUGGCCUCCUUUGAGCAGCUGUUCCGGGCCUGGGAGGAAGGCCUGGACUGGUGCAACGCAGGCUGGCUGCAGGACGCCUCUGUGCAGUACCCCAUCACGCAGGCCCGCCACCCCUGCGGUGGCCUGGGCCUGGCACCUGGCGUGCGCAGCUACGGCCCACGCCACCGCCGCCUGCACCGCUAUGAUGUAUUCUGCUUUGCUGCUGCCCUCAGGGGGCAGGUGUACUACCUGGAGCACCCUGAGAAGCUGACACUGGCAGAGGCAAAGGAGGCCUGCCAGGAAGAUGGUGCCCAGAUCGCCAAGGUGGGCCAGCUCUUUGCCGCCUGGAAGUUCCACGGCCUGGACCGUUGCGACGCUGGUUGGCUGGCAGAUGGCAGUGCCCGCUACCCUGUGGCUCACCCACGUCGCAACUGUGGGUCCCUGGAGCCUGGGGUCCGAAGCUUCGGUUUCCCAGACCCACACAGCCGCAAGUAUGGCGUCUAUUGCUACCGGCCACGCUAGCGCCGGGCUCCAGCUCUGUACUCACACCUACCCCAUCCCCUCACGGGCUGUAUUUAUUGAGUGGUUCAUUGUCCCUUGCAGGUUGGGGCAAUUUUCAUUUUGUUUUUAUACUUUUCAACUUAAAAAUUUUUUAAAUACUAUAUUUUUUAGUAAAUCCCACAGAUCCCAGAUCUUCGCUUUACUCAGGUAGACACUCCAAGGCUCUCCCCCUCCACUAAUCCUCCUGCCCCUCUCCUCCAGGACGCUUGAGGUUCGUGGGCUCACGAGCGUGCUCUCUGCCAUUGCUGAGUCCAGCCCCUCUUCCCUGCCCCUGGGAGGCUGGCGCCCAGAGCUGGCAGUGGCACGAGAUGCCAGGGUGUGGUGGCUGCAAUCCUCCCUCCGCAUCAGCCUGAGGGAGGAGAGGGCAUCCAGGGCGGCCGUGCAGCUGGGCUUUGGGCCUUGCAGCCUCCUGCCCUCGCGUACUUCUUUGGCAAGCAGCUGGCCUAUAUCAGCAUGGCGGAGGAGCUAGGGCUGGAAGCGGGUCCCUGGGCUUCUGUGUGACAUCCCAGGGAAGAGAGAGACUUUCCUCCCCAUUUUUUCCUUUUCUUAGUUCCAAAGAGUCCAUAUUUCGUUCUCAUUUUUCCCUAUUUGGGGAGCAGCCCUCAGGUGUGUGUACUUUCUUUUGGACAAUAAAUGGUGCUGUGACCCCUUCCUCCACCCCGA